AGAGUAAUUUGGUAAAUUCACACUAUCAAAUAUCUUACUCUAGAACACUCCAAUUAGUCAUCCUCAUUCCAAACAAACUACAGAUGUACGCUUUCAAUCUUCUUCCCCCCUAAAAAAAAUCCUCUCUUCUGACUCCAUCGAAAUUCAGAUUUGCCUCAUUUUUUUCCAAAUCUCUUUCAACUUUUCGAUUCAUGGCUGGAUAAAUACUGUUCCUACUUACGGUUCAAGUCAUCCAUAUCUCCGUUGAUGCCGCCAUCAAUUGCUUCUGGUAUAUGCUAAAUAUUUCUGUCUUUUUUCUAAUGCAUCCGAUCAAUAGUAAUGAAAUUUGUUCAUUCACAAACUCGAACUACAGCCAGUUGACUGAACUCUACACCAAAUACAGGGACAAAGGUUUUGAGGUCUUGGCCUUCCCCUGCAACCAAUUCUUGAAUCAGAGCCUGGGACAAGUGAGGAAGCACAAUAAUUUGCUUGCACAAGAUUUAAGGCAGAAUAUCCCAUAUUCCAAAAGAGUUUUGAUAAGAAAGUCUUAUCUCUGUUGCACCCAAGGGUGUGGUGUGAUUAUCUCAUCUAGCAUCGCUGCUCCUUAUUUUUCCCGCCUCGCAAUGGGAUUUGCUAUAUCCUGA